CAUUUGGUUCCAGGAUUUGGACAAAGGCGGUCAGUGUGCUAGAGCUGGGGCAAUGUAGGGAAAGUGGAGGCUUUAGGGACCCAGACCAUGGCCUGCUGGGACUACUGUAGCCUGCAGAAGGUGCGGAGUAUCUGGUAGUGGGAUUUGUGGAGAGCAACGCCCUCAGGAGGCAAAGGGACUAUGGAGCCCCAAGGUCAAAGUUACCCAAACUGGAACACUAGAGGCAGGCGUGCUACCAUCUUUCCCCAGAGAGAAGGAGCCAGGACUUCUGUACCUUCUGCACUCCCUGCUCAGCAUGAAGACACUGAUUUCCCAACACCCAGAUACAAGACUCUCCUGAGCAGGAAAAAGGCCUUGUGUGAUUUCAGGGUGAGAUGGCCAGAGCUAGUCUACAGCGAACAGGAGGAACAGGGAGAGGAUUCAAGGCUGACGGGACUCCCUUCCCUCUAUAAAAGGUCCACAGACAUAAGCUCCUGCUCCUCGGAGAUUAGUAUCAGCCUCAAAAAUCAGGAAAGCAGCCACAGCGAGUUUCAAGACUUCCCUGGCUACCUUACAGAGGCUCCCCACAUGACCAUUCUCAACAGCUACCUGAAACCAGAGUCAAUGACACGGCUGGAGAAGAAGGUGAGGAGGAAGACCCUGGUGGUCAUGAAUCAGAUGGAGCAGGAGAAGGAAGCUGCUAAAUACCGAAGGGCGGUGCUGUUGAGGAACGCUAGGGAGCUUCAGGAUGAAAAGGCCUUCGAGGAAGCAGAAAACAAGCCCUUCUUGGAAUUCCUUACGAAGAAAAAACAGGAAACCCAGGAGAAGUAUGACUCCCUGUGGAAAGACUACACCCAGCAGUGUCAGGAGAUUAAGGACAGGAGGCGAGAGCUGGUCUCUACCUUCACCUCACGCACGGGAAGCCUCCAGAAGCAGCUGAUGGGGGACAAGAAACUUGAAGCCAACUUGAAGAAGAAGCUGAAGGCUCUGGCACCCACAGCACGCAUAAAGGAGAGCCAGGACCGGGAGAUAGAAGCUCUAGAGUUGGAGAAAGCCAGCAUAGUAGCUGACAUCUUCUUCCUGGACCAAGAGGCCCACUUUCAGUUCCUGAAGGAAAGGGCCGCCUUGGAGAAGCAAGUGGAGGAUCUGAACCUGCUAGAGUCUGGAGAGGACAUCACCAGAGAGCUGAAGAAGAAGAUCAAGGCCUGGGAUGCUGCGGCCAAACAGGCUCACGAGGACUUCUGCCACGACUUCAAUGCUCGGCACAGGCAGCAGCAAACACAGCUCCAGCAGCUGGAUUGGGAAUUCUGCAAGCUGGAGGACCGGAAGGAGAAGCUGGAACGGAGAAAGCAGCGGUGGAAAGAACAGCAGUGGUACCUGGAGGCUCUGGCCAGGGGGAGGGAGCGCCUACAGCAGCGGGACCACCGCCGGCAGCAGAGGGAGCACCGCCGGCAGCAGAAGGAGCACCCAGCACUGGGCCAUCUACUGGGUGUCAGGCCAAAAGCCAAUCCUAUAAUGCUGCCAUGUCCCAGGAAGCAGACUGGAGCUGAAGCUGGGGCACUACACAAAGAAUGACGAUGCUAUAUGAUAAUGCAGAGGACAGAGGCGGGAGGUGGGGGGGUGGGGAGAGGCCUGAACUUCUCAGAGGGGCAGAGGGGUCCUGGUCUGUCCCUCAGGCCUGGCUCCCACACAGCACCCGAAGGGCUAGCCUAACCUAAAGCUUCACAGCAUUGGGAAAAUUUGCUCUUCAGAAGCUGUACCUCCCGUGCUCCCCAUACCUCCCGAGCACCCCGUACCUCCCGUGCUCCCCAUUGCAGACUUCAGUGCUCAAUUCCUGCUCUAGUGUGGCCUUCAUGAUGACAGGGGUGCAUUUUGUAAUGGGUACCUUGCACACAAUCAGCCCAUCUCACAGUAGGAGCAUCGGUGUCUUAGGUGGGUGCAGGGUGGCAUUUGGGGAACUGGGUUCUUGGCGUUUGUGCCCGGCUGAGGCUAGAUUGCUUACAGAGCUGUGGGUGGUGAUGGAGAGCAUGGCCCCGCAUUUGGGCCGUGUGCUCCUGUGCGACAAAAUCCAGCCAGCUCUCGAGUCCUGGGUGUUGCUCCAGGCAAAAAGCCUCAGCCUUACAUUGUAGAAUUUUAACUUCUACUUAGCUAUAAAAACAUGAACUCAUUUAAAACUGUGCCAAAGAAAUGAAUUGCUGAAUGUACCUUUGGCUUACAGAGUUAACUUGCACAUGAAAUGUUCUGUUCUCAAGCAACAAUAUUGAAAAAUAAAAGCCUACCUAUGAUUAUU